GCAGGGUUAAGGUGACAGUGGACAUGUGUGUCUCUCCGCGGUCGCUGCGUUUACGUUAGAAAUGGAGAACUUCGCCCUCGCUGUUGCGCAAUAAUCGCGUUCCCCCCGCAGACAUAGAGGCUGUGGUCCAGUCGGUGCGGAUGAGCGACCUGCGGAGCCAGGAGAAGACGGAACCCGCCGGAGCCCGUAGCCCUGCGCCGCUGGACUGCUGCGGAGGACUGGACAACGUGGAUUACUCCAAGAUGGACUUCACGCUGAUGGAAGAACUCCUUAAGUACGUUGACUUUCGGGACUCCAGCUUCUGUAUCGCCAUAAUUGCCAUCAUAUUCAACCCUCUCUUCUGGAAUGUGGUGGCGAGAUGGGAACAUCGUACACGGAGACUCUCCAGGCUCUUUGGCAGCCCUCAGCUCGGCUGUUACUGCCUGGGCCUUGUCAUCGUUUUGCUCAACGUCUACCGUAGCCACAGUAUGACUGUAGCGAUGAAGUCCCAGGCCAAGUGGGAUGUGAUGGACAGGUCCGAGGUCUUCUACACCGGGGGAGCUCUCAUGGGGCUGGGCACCUUACUGGUUGUCAGCAGCUUCCUUGCUCUGGGAUUCACUGGAACAUUCCUAGGUGAUUAUUUUGGCAUCCUUUUGGAGGAGAAGGUGACCGGAUUUCCCUUUAACGUAAUAGAAAACCCGAUGUACUGGGGCAGCACAGCCAACUACCUUGGCCUGGCACUCAUUGGUGCCAGUCCUGUUGGACUCGUCCUGACUGCCAUAGUCGCUGUGGUGUACAAGGUGGCUUUAAGAUUUGAGGGACCAUUCACCGAGCAGUUCUAUCAGGAGAGGAGUCAGCGGCGCAAGCAGGAAUGAUGGCCUCGCGGGCGCUUCCUGAGAAGGUUCCCACCACAGCUGCGUCCAGUUCAGCAUCAACUCUCAUCUCUUUUUUUUCUUUAUUUUUUUUUAAGAUAAAUGUAUUGAUCCCAAACACAUGCACAGUCACACUACAUGCAGAUGAGGGAAAUUGUCCUCUGCUUUUGACCCAUCUGGUGAACAUAGCAGGACACACAGAGCAGUGGGCUGCUAUGCACGGCGCCCGGGGAGCAGAUGUUGGGGGAGUAAGGUGCCUUGCUCAGGGGCACUUAGACAGUGGUGGUAGGGAGAGUCCUCUUUGGACUUUUCGAACAGGUUUGUCCAUCCACUGGCGUUCAAAGCUCUACUGUGCACAGCAAUCAUAACAUCACAUAAAGCCUAAAGAGUUCUGAAUAUGAUCUGGAACAGAAUAUUGGAACCAAUCCACCUUAACAGAGACAAUACUUGUCAAGGUUGGAGUCACUGGUACAGUUGGACUCGACCUUCAACCCACUGCUACCAGUAGCUUACUGGUGGAAUCCUAGAAUAUACAUCAGUCAUCAACGUUAUGUUCUACGAUAACUUUUGAAUCUUCUCUUACUUCUUGCAGUAUAAGGAAUAAACUAAUUCUGUUCUAUUAUGUGAGACCCAGUGAUGUAAACAGCGUCUGUGAACCUGAUCAUUUUCCUAAAUGUUCCAAGUGUUGUGUGUUUUCUUUCCACAUGUUUUACUGUGUGGACACAAACAGCAUUUUGACUGGUGCUGUUAUUUUUUGACAUUUUUGACAAUAUUUCAAGAUUUUUUCACUAGUUCAGUGAUAACUCUAAAACGAUUGACUGGUGUUAAUUAUACAAAAAGGGUACUUAGUUACUUGUUUGUUGCAACUACAUGAUUUAAUGUAGUUCAAUAUAAAUUUUGACACAAUGUUGUUCAUUAUUCGUUCGCCCUGAACCUGGUCCUGCUCGAUGUUUCUACGUGUUCCUGGUCACUGUUAAACAAAAAGGUAACUUCUCCUAAGAUGUCAUGAUAUAUAAAUGGAAUAGACUUGAUUAUGUCAUGAUAUAUGACAUGAAUCCUUUAAAAAGACUGAAGACCAGUUACGGCUUUACACUUUGUACCUAUGCAAAUCUUUCUGAACUCAACAAGACACAUAGACAGGUGAUGUACUGUAUAUUGAUGGGAUGUUUUUUGUUGGAAUAAAGGUUUCAGCAGCAA